CUCUAUCUGUACCAACGGUAGGGAAGGGACCAAAAAGCACCACGCGUGUACUGCGAACCAUCUUCCCCCUUUCCAUCCACUCUUCCACCGGCAAAGAGCUAUCAGAAUUUUCUUCCCCACCGCACAUUCGAAUCACUUUCCGCAUAUUGAAUCCCACAACAUUGUCAGAGGUUGAAAAUAUCGGUUCACCCCUCCCCGUCAUGGAGAACAUGCUUCCGCAAGAAACCCUGCAUGGCUGAGAGUGGCUUUGCAUAAUCGCCCUACGUUUUAUUCACCUCCAACCCACUCACACUUCGGAAGGCGGAUCGCCACCUCACAACUUUCCUUCUCUACCAAUACUUUGUUCGCCCCAAGACCACGCUGGCCCCGCUCUAAGCGACAAGCUCCCGCAUUCAACGCUGCAACGCCUUUGUCCCUCGACAUCCCAUAUUCGUCAUCUCAUCCUACAGCGUCGCAUCGUGUGAACGAUGGCCACAGAUCCUACUAACAGCGCGAGAGACGUGCGCCAACGCUCUUCGACACCUUUCUCAAACGCUCGCGAAUCUCCUACCGUCGAAGUAGCAAACACGGAGAAGCCCGAGUCGGACGCGAUCGACGCGACGACGACAGUGCUCCCAACCAAGGAACAUGCAAAGAAAGCGCGUGUUGGAAAGAAGACGCCAACCCGGCGAGAGCUUUUCUCCUCGGAGGGUAACGCCAGCUCUUCUACCAACAAUUCCGCGAAGUCGGGCAUCAAGUUGGAUUUGCGAACCGGCAAGAAGCGCAAGUCCAGCUCCGAGGUGGACGAGAAGGAUGGCGAUGAAGAAUCAGCUCCAACUGCGAAGAGAGCCAAGACGACUAAGCGUCGCAACAACGCCUCAAGUCGCGCUCCCACUCCACCUCCUAUCGCUCUGCCCGAACCCCUUCCCGCGCCCCUGGCACCAGCAGUCGGACAUGCCGUCACCGCGAUGCGCAAGUUUGCUUUCCAAACGUAUCGCGCGACAGACAGCUGCCUCUUCCGUGACAGUACCAAUCGAAACCACAUCUCUCUCUCGACAACAACGCUCGUCUCCGCCGUCUCUCGCCUUCUCAGAUACUGGCAAGUCGGAGACCCGUCAUCAGCCUCGAUCUCUGACGUCAGCGACGCGAUCGUGAGGUAUUUCGACAGCGAAUACCCCGUGGGUGUAGUGCAGUGCGUCGUCAUAGACGUAUCGACGCGUACAGCCCUCGAGGAGCGCAUCCACGCGAAGAUCCGUGGGCAUGGGCCGGAGUGGGUAAGGCUACUGGAGAUGGAGCUCGAGAUGGCCGGUCAGGAGCUGGAGACGCAACUCGGCUUGAACUGGUACGCAACAGAGGGUGUCCAGCUCGACUUUAACUCCCAGGCGACCGAGGGUUCGCUGGGCUUGUAUCGACGCACGACCGAGGAGGGGUUUCUAGGACGCGUUCGAGGGAUGUGGAACGACGGCGUUGAGGGAGAGGCAGAUGUCGCUACGAGCGAGCUGGCGACAGCAUCAGCAGACGAAGAUGAGGCCGUGACAGGCGCACAACUGAGACGCAUGCUGGACGCGCGGUUUUACUCGCGCGCUGGAGUCUCGGGCGCGGAACUGGAGAAAUUGCUGAACGAGCCCGCCGCUCUCGAAGAUGCUGCCGGAUUCCCGGUCGCGACUUCAAACGCCUCUGAAGAGACAGCGGCCCUCCCUGGCAUGAUUGGCAACGACCAUGCACCCUCUGACGCAACCGAAUCGCACAACCCUUCCGGCACGAAAGCCAAAACGCCUCCUCUCCGUGGCCCAGCUGGUCUUCCUCCUGACGACACGCACUCCUCCUCCCAGUCGCAGCACCGCGAAGACUCGGUUCAGAGCCCUGAGAGCGAAUACCGCCCCGGCGCCUUUGCUCUAAGCGCAGCAGAGGAACGAAAAGAUGGGUUAAUGAUCGAGGAUGAGGAGCAAUUCGGCGGUCUGCUUGAUCUUGCCGAGUUCUGAAAGCAGCAUGUCGCCUUGACGGCAGAGCAGCCCAAACGAGAGGCGGAGGAUGAGAGAUACGAAACAGAUGGCAGGCACAAGGGGGUGGACUGCGAAGAGUUGGGUGGUGUUGGAUGAUGGGAUGGUGUAUCGAGGGACUGGAGAUGAAAGAACUCGAAUUCGUAUUCGCGAAGUCAGUCCUGUUUGCCGGACAUUCCUGGUGCUACCAUGAUGCGCGGCACGGAAUGUUGCCAGGCGCGUACUCGGCAAACUUGGAAGGCCACUUGAAUACAAACGAAGCAGGCAAGCAGUGAAACGAGACGGAAUUUGAAACGA